AUGCCCGAAGAGAGGCUCUCCGCACUCGGGAUUCCGCUGCGCUCCCGCACUGCCAAGGAUGCACGCGGACCGCGGGCAUUCUACGCCGACGACAGCGACGCACCGCCACCAGACGGCGCGCCAUGCCUUCACGCGGCCGUUGCGAGGACGGACGGGCACCCCACCGGGUGGAACGGGAUGUUUGAGGCACUGCCAGACCACAGCGGCGUGCCUUCAGACCUCCAACGGCUGCUGGAUGCCUCCGUCAAUCUGGAGGAGAGAGUGUGUGGACUGACUCCGCUGCUGUACGCGGCGCGAGCCGGCAACACCAAGGGCGUAAAGCUUCUCCUGGAGCGGUCGGCCGACCCCGAGGCUGUUGCCACCGAUCGGGUGAAGUCGCCCUGGCUAAAGUACGACUCGUUAAAGUACCUGGACUCGAUUGUGCAGCUGCUGCAAAAGAUUCAGCCCAUGGCUGCUGCCGAGGGCGCCGCCCAUGCGCGCGGGGCGUGGCAACAUCUGCUGUCGCGCGAGUUUUGCGAGGCGGCGGAGCGCGGGGACAUAGCUGCCCUGGCUCGCCUCAAAUGCCGCGGCGCGGAUGUUGACGCGAGGGACGUCGACGGCGCCACUGCGAUGCACCUUGUCUGCGAGGAGGGCCACACCUCUGCUCUUGCGUGGCUGCUCGACGCAGGCGCGGACCUGCAUGGGCGCAACAACUGCGGCGACACGCCACUGCACAGCAGCGCCCACUGCGGGCGGGUCGACACAACCCUCGCGCUGCUCUCGAGAGGGGCCGAUCCAGAGGCAACGAAUCGCUUCGGUGUGACGCCGCGGGUGGGAGCGGCACGCCGGCGGCAGGGCAACUGGCGUGCGGUGCAGGUCCUGCUGGAUGCCACGGUGCUGACCCGACGGGUGCUGCCAUUCUGCCACAAGCAAGGCGAUGCAGUGGAUGGCGCGCAGAGCCCAAAAGUCGGACAGGGGAUGGACGCGUCCGGCCGGACUCAGAGAGGCACUGUGCUGGCACAUUCGAAAUUCGAUCAACAGAGCUGA